AUGCCCCGCGGCCCUAUUGAGCGAUUGCGUGCUUAUCAAGCCUGUCAGAACUGCAGAAAGAAAAAAAUACGAUGUCCUUCGGAAAAGCCAGCCUGUUCAAGCUGUACACGGCUCAAUCAGACUUGCAUUUAUGAUGUGCCACGCUCAUCUGACCGAUUGGCCGAUCUCGAAACCAAAGUGGACCUCAUUUUGAGCGCCACAGAGCAGCGGGAUGACUCUGGCAGCAUUGAUGAAGACCUGGCUCACGAGUGGGCUCAUGAUGUACCCAAUGCACAGGCCAUCACCUCAUCUACCUAUUCCAUCUUGGGUGCCCCAAAUUCCUCUCUGAAGCCUUUUUGCUCUCCUCAACCUGAACUUCAAAUCCCAAUACGUGACAAUUCCGGCUCUGCCUUUACUCACGGCCUAGAUGUUUACUUCCAGCGAGUUCAUCGGCAACCUAUCUGGUGUUUUGAUCGCCAGGACCUUGGGUGCAUCACUCAACUAUCUGAAGAACUGAGGUAUAGUAUUUUAGAACUAACUGCACGGUUCUCACACGACCAUGACCCACAGCGCUAUGGUGAAAGUGCAAGGCGGUCGAUCAUGCUGCGCAUCGCAAAUGACAAAGUUGGGCUCGAAACUAUUGAGAGCCUCUGUCUACUUGCAUACUCUGCUUUUUUAGAUGGAAACAUGCAGCUUGGCCAGUUUUAUCUCGGCCUUGGCUUUCAACUCUGCCGGUCUGCAAAGUUGGACCCUUCCUCGAGGCUGAUGGGAAGCCCUAUCACAGAGCGCGAGAAGAGGCUUUUCUGGAGCCUUCAAUCCCUGGAACAAUUCUAUGGUGACCAGGGUGGAGUUCUCAGACAGACACCAGAGGUUUGGCGUCCGUAUUAUCUUUCGCAUAGCAACGAUGUAGAGUUCCCUAGUGAACCAGACGGGGGUUCCACAGUUUCGGAUGUUGGAAUUUGGAGUUUUUCGGUGCAUUUUGGAUGGGUCUGGAGCAGAGUGAGGGAGUAUGUCUUCGAUUGUUCCCAGAAAAAAUUAACUGAACCCUGGCGCCUCGAUUCGGUCUACGCUAAAGUGCUUUCUGAUCUGACAGAGAUCGAAAACAAAGUCCCUUUGCAUCAUCGAUACGAUGUAGUUAGGUUUUUUGAGCGUCGACCAGAUGAAGUCAACUUGAACAAGGAUUAUUGGCUGCCCUGGCUGAAACUUCAGUUUACUUGGCACUCAAUAAUGACGAUGAUCAACCACCCCUUUUUAUAUAUCACAGCAUCGCAACAUCAUCCGAACCUAACAAUUCCAAACACUUUUUGGCGCAAGUCUUCAGAGCUGGUUCUUCUCCACGCCACCUGGAUUGCUCGCACCAUCGAUAUGGCUCAAGAGAAGAAACUUCAGCUUCUAGAUCCUUUCUUCGCACACGCAGCUGCAAUAGCCGCCACAGUGCAUCUCUACUUUGGCUGUACAGCCGACUCCAGACUUAGGAAAAAGUCAAAAACCGAUUUUGAAAAAUGCCAAAAAUUUCUGCAAGGCUUUUCUAGCUUUUCCCCUGCCUGUGAGAGCCUGGGUCAAUUACUCGAUGAAUUGAGUCGGAUAGCGUCGCAAUCGGACCCUAUUGACUAUGAGUGGAUGCCGUCUAGAAGACAGAUCAAUAUCCCAUUGAUGUGGGCAGUUUUAAAAUUCGACAUCUCCAGAUCACAAGCUCUCCGUAGCACUGUUCUUGCCAACUCCCCUAAUACUCCUAGCAAUGCCGUUGAUGAAUUGGAGCGGAACCAAGCCCUGGAGAUCAGCGUUACAGCAACAACAACUGGAGUUACGAUAAACCCGGCUCUAGGUCAUGACUCACAAUUGCCACCAUAUCAAGCCGGCCCGAUCUCACCAGAAUUCCGUAGCGACAAUGCUUCGCCAGAUAUUGUGAUUCCAUCCGCCGAGAGAUUCCUGUUACAUUCACCCUGGCUGUGGGCGCAACUUUCUCAAUUCACUCAUAUGGAGGAUGGGGAUGAUUUCCUUCCAGAUUCACCCUCAAAUACUCUUUCUAAUGGUUUUUCUUCCUGGUGGAAUAUGGGCAAUUUGUAA